AAUAUCUCUCCCUUCUCACGGGGAUGCUCGCGAAAGGAAGUCAAGCCAGUGUACGUACCGCGGUAGCCUAACAUACAAGCGGAGCGGUGACAGGUGAGUCAGGAGCACUUCUUGUCAAGCAAAAAAAUCAUAACGUCGAGAUGAAGGAGCUCGAGACAACGGGUGCUUGUCAGAAGAAACCGACGAAACUGCGUAACCUCAUCUACAAAACCGAGGCUUUUGACUCCCUGCAUGCUGGAAAUGCGGAGAAAACAUUGUGCUCUGGUCAAGUGUGUCUCGGUAGCGUUAUGCAACUACCGAUUCAUGGGACAGAAGCCCGUUCGAGAGAAGAGACUCUUGUGCAUGCGAAAGAUUUUCUCGAACAAUAUUUUUCUUCCAUCAGAAGAUUAAACAGCGAAGCACAUCGUAUUCGUUGGGAAAGCGUGCAAAAGGAAGUUAUGGCUACUAGCACUUAUCAAUUAACUGAAACUGAAUUAGUUUUCGGAGCGAAACUAGCGUGGCGUAAUGCCACAAGAUGCAUCGGUCGUAUUCAAUGGUCUAAAUUGCAAGUGUUUGAUUGUCGUUACGUUACGACUACCAGCGGCAUGUUUGAAGCUUUGUGCAAUCACAUUAAGUACAGUACGAACAAAGGAAACAUUAGGUCUGCUAUAACUAUAUUUCCGCAACGUACAGAUGGAAAACACGAUUAUAGAGUGUGGAAUCAACAAUUAAUAAGUUAUGCGGGAUAUAAAAAUCCAGAUGGUACAAUAAUUGGUGAUCCUGCAAACGUUGAGUUCACCGAAUUAUGCAUGAAACUAGGUUGGAGAAGUGCACGCACUCGUUUCGACAUAUUGCCGUUGGUAUUGUCAGCAAACGGCCAUGAUCCUGAUUAUUUCGAUAUUCCAAGCGAACUUGUUCUUGAAGUACCUCUUAGUCAUCCAACAUACGAUUGGUUUGAGAAAUUAGAAUUAAAAUGGUUCGCAGUUCCUGCCGUAUCUGGAAUGGUAUUCGAUUGCGGAGGUUUGGAGUUUACAGCCGCGCCAUUCAAUGGGUGGUACAUGAGCACUGAAAUUGGAUCGAGGGAUUUAUGCGAUGUUCAACGAUAUAAUUUACUAGAAACAAUUGCAACUCAUAUGGGAUUAGAUACAAGAACAUCCAUUUCAUUAUGGAAAGACAAAGCCAUGAUAGAAGCUAAUGUUGCUGUUUUGUAUAGUUUUCAAAUGAAAAAUGUGACAAUUGUGGAUCACCAUACCGCUUCGGAAUCUUUUAUGAAACAUUACGAAAAUGAAAUGCGAUUAAGAAAUGGAUGUCCAGCCGAUUGGCUCUGGAUCGUACCACCGAUAUCAGGAUCAGCUACACCUGUGUUUCAUCAGGAGAUGGCCCUGUAUUAUCUGAAGCCAUCGUAUGAUGCUCAGGAACCUGCUUGGAAGACACAUGUUUGGAAAAAGGGUCGGGAUAAAAAAUCAACAUCUAAAAAGCCAAGGCGAAAGUUUCAUUUUAAGCAAAUUGCAAGAGCAGUAAAAUUUACGUCUAAGUUAUUUGGAAGAGCUUUAUCUCGAAGAAUAAAAGCUACAGUAUUAUUUGCUACGGAAACUGGCACCUCACAGAUGUACGCUGAGAAACUUAGCGAAUUAUUAGGACAUGCUUUUCACUCCCAGGUACUCUGUAUGUCAGAUUAUGAUAUCAGUAAUAUAGAGCACGAAGCUUUAUUAUUGGUUAUAACAUCCACCUUUGGGAACGGUGAUCCCCCAGAAAAUGGCGAAGCUUUCGCACAAAAUUUGUACGCAAUGAAAAUGAAUGAAACGUACAUUAAUAGUGGCAAUAAGAUAAGCCUAGCGACCUCAAAAUCGUUCAUUAAAGCCAAUAGUCAGACAGAAGUAAGCAAUUCGAAGAAACUAGAUAGACUGGAUUCACUUCGUGGUUCUACCACAGAUUCUCAAACGGAAGACACUUUUGGUCCUUUGAGCAACGUCAGAUUUGCUGUUUUCGCAUUGGGAUCAUCAGCAUAUCCAAACUUUUGCGCAUUUGGUCGCUAUGUGGAUAACUUGUUAGGCGAAUUAGGUGGAGAACGACUGUUGAAAUUGGCACAAGGAGAUGAAAUGUGUGGACAGGAACAAACGUUUCGGAAAUGGGCAGCCGAUACCUUCGCUGUUGCGUGUGAAACUUUCUGCUUAGAUGACGAUGAUACUUUACUUGAAGUUGCUUUAUCUUUAGGCUCAGAAGCUUUGUCGGCAGCUACUGUUCGAUUUGUAGAAGCUGAACCACAAUUAAUUGGAAAAGCUUUAAGCAAAUGUCACAAUAGAAACGUGACUACUUGUAAUAUGUUCCGAAAAACAAAUUUAAGCGGUGAUUCAUCGAGUGGAACUACAUUACUUCUGGAACUCGAUGAUAUAGCAGGUAUGGAAAUACAAUAUAAACCUGGUGAUCAUUUGGGAGUUUUCGCAUGUAAUAGAUCAGAAUUGGUAGAAGCAAUUUUGGAACGAGUACAAACUCCCUUUGAUCCAAAUACACCGAUUGAAUUGCAAAUACAGAAGCAAUCCCACACACCGAAUGGAAUCGUGAAAACGUGGAUGGCACAUGAUAGAUAUCUUCCUAAUUCCUUGAGAAUAUUACUGAAAAGAUUUUUAGAUAUCACAAUACCACCAACACCAAACCUUCUUAGAUACUUUGCAUCGAUUGCUACAAAUCCAAAAGAACAAGCUCAACUCAACCUUUUAGCUUCUGAUCCAGCAGCAUAUGAGGAUUGGAGACAUUGGAAGUUCCCCAAUUUAGUAGAAGUAUUAGAUGAAUUUCCAUCCGUGAAACCUUUUGCGCCCUUAUUAUUACUUCAUUUAACUCCUUUACAACCGAGAUUUUAUAGUAUUUCUUCUUCUCCGGAUGUACAUCAAGGACAAAUACAUCUUACCGUCGCUGUUGUACAAUAUAAAACGCAAGGCGGUUCUGGACCAGUUCAUUAUGGAGUUUGUUCUAAUUAUCUACGUGAAAUAUCAGAUGGAGAACCUUUAUAUGUAUUUGUACGUAGUGCACCUAACUUUUAUAUGCCAAUCGAACCAAAAGCGCCAAUGAUACUAGUCGGUCCGGGAACUGGAAUUGCUCCCUUCCGUGGUUUCUGGCAUCAUCGCCUUGCACAAAUGAAAUACCAACCAGAUCUUGAGUACGGAAAUGUCUGGUUAUUUUUUGGUUGUCGUCAAAGAAGCUUAGAUCUGUACAGACAAGAAAAGGAAGAAAUGGUAAAGGUCGGCGUUUUAGAUAAAGUUUUCUUAGCUCUUUCGCGAGAACCUGGAUUGAAAAAGACAUACGUACAAGAUUUAAUUCAAGCAGAAGCUUCACAAAUUUAUGACAUGUUAGUGUAUGAAGGAGGUCAUUUUUAUGUUUGUGGCGAUUGUACAAUGGCAGAAGAUGUUUAUCAAACUUUGAAACAUAUUAUACAGACUCAUGGUGAAAUGACUGAUAAACAGGUCGAGGCAUACAUGUUAUCAUUACGCGAUGAAAAUCGUUAUCACGAAGACAUAUUUGGUAUUACUUUAAGAACAGCAGAAGUACAUAAUCGAUCUAGAGAAACAGCAAGAAAUAGAAUGGCUGCAGAGCCUUAAAUCUUAUUGUGAUGUACAUGUAACCUUGAAAAAUUUUCAACAAUUUUGUAGAUAGUUUUCAAUUAUGCAUAUCAUGCAUUCUUAUGCAAAAACUAAAUGGAAAAAUAUUGAGAUGUUCUUAUUCUCUAACAUGUCGUACCGUUACAUAAUUUACUAUAGUUUUAUGAUAAUUAUAAAUAUUAUAAUGUACAAGUUUCUAGUAUUAUAUGCGUGUAUAUUUUUGAUGGUACUACGAACUACUUAGAUUUUAAUUAAAUAAUAGCAAGAUUAGUAUAUCUUUGUUUUUUAGUAAAAAGAGUAAAAA